AUGAAAAGAACGCGCCGGAAAACGUCGUUGAAGGAUGAAACGAAAGGCAGUCGCCUGCUGUCCCUUCCAGACGAGCUCCUUCUUCUGCUCCUCGCCCGAGUGAACCACCCCUGCGAUCGCUGCAGCGUCGCUCUCUCCUGCUCCCGCCUCCACCGCCUCUCCCGCCGCACGCCCGUCUCGCUCAACUUCUUCUUCGUCUCACGUUAUCAGUAUCGCAACCUUGAUUUUUCCUGUUCCUCUCCUCUUCCCUCCUGCUUUCCCCCUUCCCCUUUCCCGGUCCCAUUUUCUCUUCCCCUUUCCUCCGUUGCCUUCCCUCUUUCCCCUUCCCUCCUUCCCCUGGCCUCCCUCCCAUGCCUUCGCCUCCCACCCUCCAGCCUCGUGACAUCGCUGGAGCUCGACUCGCCGUUCGCCCGGCGCCCCAUCAUCUAUCGACAUUCCACUGGCACCCCCCUCCCUCCCAUCCACGCCUUCCCCGCUCUUCGCUCCUUCGCUCUCCUCAUCACUGCCUCGAAACUAACCCCCGUCACCCGCUGCUCCUCCCUCACCUCCCUCACUCUCUGGAACCCCCUUCCCUCCACCCUCUCCUCCCUCGCCUCCUCCUCCUCCUCCUCUGUCCGCCCCUCCCUCAAGUCCCUCACCCUCCACUCCGCCAAGCUCCAGUCCUGCGUCGCGCCCCUCGCAUCCUUCCCUCGCCUCGCCUCUCUCGCCUUCCUCGCCUGCACCAUCGACCCUUUCGAGCUGCACGCCCUUGCUCGCUCCCUCCACACGCUUACCCACCUCACUAUCCACAACUGCCCCUUGGUCUCCAGCCACGCCCUCGCAGCGCUGGUUGAAGCCAACCCGGCGCUCUCCUCCCUCUCCCUCCACGGCACCACCUACCGCCUCUUCAGCGCCGCGCCCUUCCGCUCUCUCCUCCUCCUCUCCUCGCCCCGCCUGCACACGCUCGAGCUCUCAGGGCUGCCGUCCUUCCGCCCGGGCAUGCUGGCGCACUGCAGUGGCCUGCACUCUCUGGCGCUGAAAGGAAUGCCGGAGACGGUUGCUGAGCCGAGUGGGGGGGAUGCUGAGAGUCGGAGUGGAGAAGGAAGGGGAGGAGGAGAGAGGGAAGGAGAAGGGGAAGGGGGGGGGACCAUGAUGCAUCAACACGUGUCAUUUGAGAGUUUCGUGGGCCUGCUGGUGCGCGUGGUGCAGAGGGGAGGAGAGGGCGGGGAGGUUGGAUGGGAGGUAGACAGGGAUGAAAAAGGGGAGGAAGGAGGGAUGGUUGGAGAGGGAGUUAGAGGGGAGGAGUGUGAAGCAGAAGAGGUUGGCAGGGGGAAGGGAGCGAGUGAAGUCACCAUUACUGCUGAUGCCGCACUAGCAAGAGUAGGAGCAGCAGGGCCUGCGGCAGAAGCAGAAGCAGCGGCGGCAAUAGUAGCACGAGCAGUUAACCCUAGAAACGAAGAAGAGAAAGAGUAUGUGGACAUUCGAACGGCGGCAGCAGCAGCCCGAGCGGACCUGAUAGAGUCAAGUCGAGACGUGGUCGCUCUCUUGGAUAUGGCCAAGGAUUGCCACACGGCCGUGCCUUCCGCUGCUCACUGGGCUCGCCUGGCGCGGGCACAGCGCCAAGAUGCCCUGUCCGAGAUCAAAUACGCCAUUGGUAAGAUAAGGGCGGGCAUCUCAACAUGGCGGGCGCUGCGAGUGGCAGCCUCGCAGAAAAACGCGGCGACAGAGCGGGAGGAUGCGGUGAGUGAGGCGUUUGCUGCUGCCACGACUGCAGGCGUGUUUGUUGACAUGCGGAGCAGGGUAGGCGAGGUUGAAGGGGGGUUGGCUCGUUUGGAAGACUUUGAUGGGAUGGUGCUGGACCAUGACUUGCCUGUUGAUGGUGCUGAUGGGGCUGAAGGGAGUGAGGAUGAGGGUGAGAUUGGGGGGAUUGCUGCUGCGGUUGACCCUCAGGCACAGGCGUUGGGUGUGAUGGAGUCGCUGCUGCAGCAGUUUUACGAGCAGGGCACUGCGGCGACAGUGAGUCUCAGGACCAUGCGCAUGCCUCGUGCAACUGCUGAUGCUGAUGCUGAUGCUGAUGCUGAUGCUGAUGCUGAUGCUGAUGCUGAUGCUGAUGCUGAUGCUGAUGCUGAUGCUGAUGCUGAUGCUGAUGCUGAUGCUGAUGCUGAUGCUGAUGCUGAUGCUGAUGCUGAUGCUGAUGCUGAUGCUGAUGCUGAUGCUGAUGCUGAUGCUGAUGCUGAUGCUGAUGCUGAUGCUGAUGCUGCUGCUGCUGAUGCUGCUGCUGAUGCUGCUGCUGAUGCUGCUGAUGCUGCUGAUGCUGCUGCUGAUGCUGCUGCUGAUGCUGAUGCUGAUGCUGCUGAUGCUGCUGCUGAUGCUGCUGCUGAUGCUGCUGAUGCUGUUGAUGCUGAUGCUGCUGAUGCUGCUGCUGCUGCUGCUGCUGAUGCUGCUGCUGAUGCUGCUGCUGAUGCUGCUGCUGAUGCUGCUGCUGAUGCUGCUGCUGAUGCUGCUGAUGCUGAUGCUGCUGCUGAUGCUGCUGAUGCUGCUGCUGCUGCUGAUGCUGCUGAUGCUGCUGCUGAUGCUGCUGCUGAUGCUGAUGCUGAUGCUGCUGAUGCUGCUGCUGAUGCUGUUGAUGCUGAUGCUGCUGAUGCUGCUGGUGCUGAUGCUGCUGAUGUUGCUGGUGAUGCUGGUACUGCGGGUGUUGCCACUGAUGCCACUGAUACUACUGAUGCUGAUGCUGCCGCUGAUGCUAUUGAUGCUGAUGCCGCUGAUGCUGCUGCUGCUGAUGCGGCUGGUGGUGAUGCUGCUGAUGCGGCUGGUGGUGAUGCUGCUGAUGCUGCUGGUGAUGCUGGUACUGCGGGUGUUGGUGCUGCUGCUGGUGCGAGUGCUGCAGCCACAGAAGCAGCACCAGCAGAUGGGGCAGCAGUGAUCGGGGAUGCAGCCGCAAUAGCGGAGAAAACGGGAGGAGGAAUAUCACAGCCACAAGAAAUAGGGAUGCAAGGGGAGCUAAUGCAAGGGAAUAAAGUCUCAAGGGAGGGAGGACAGUCAGGCCACAGAAAAAACAGUGGCAAAAGGAACUCAAUGGGUAGCAGCAGAAGGGCACGAAACCUGGGAGGCAGGUCGAGUGGCAUCUCUAGUGGGAUUCCGGUGGAGGUGUUCUGCCCUCCCUUACACUCCUUGACCCUACAAGCCUUUCACUUCAUCUGCACUCCCGAGCCUACCUGGCUGCCUCCAUCCCUUCCCUCGGAAUCGCCUCUCAUGUGCCUCUCUUCCGCUCCUGCAUCCCUUCCUUCUUCCCGCCCCACUUCUCGCGUCUCUCCCGCUGCCAUGUCAAGCCCAAGCUCUCAGCCGCAGUCAUUUUUAUCCGUUGCACUCGCUGCUGCUUUUGGGCGGCUGAAGCGCCUCACACUGGAGUCGUGCUUCGGGCUGAAGGAGGAGCAGCUGGGGCUGCUGCUGCGUGCUUGCCCCGUGCUGGUGGCCCUAAAUGUGGAACACAGUGAGGACUUUUCAGACCGGGUGGUUGCAAGAAGCAGAUUGGAGAUGCUCACGCAUUUGAGCAUGCUUGAGUGUGAUGCGAUCACUGCAGAUGGCAUUGGACGGCUGCUGGGAAGCUUCCCAAAGCUGCAUGAGGUGAAGGUGGAAGCAAGCAAAGUUGGUGAAAGGGCUCGCAGAGAGUUGCUUCGUGCGGGCGUGGUUCUGAGUCACAGGUGA